UGUUCACAAUCAAGCACCGCACGCAAGCACGCACGGAACGUCCAUGGGAAUCCAGAAUACAGGUAAACUGGCCGGCAGAACGCUGUUUAUUACCGGCGCCUCGCGGGGCAUCGGCAAAGCGAUCGCACUGAAAGCCGCCCGAGAUGGAGCGAACGUGGUGAUAGCGGCCAAAACAGCCCAACCCCAUCCGAAGCUGCCGGGGACGAUUUACACGGCGGCCGCUGAAAUUGAAGCGGCUGGCGGCAAGGCGCUGCCCUGCGUGGUGGAUGUACGUGACGAGGCCGCCGUUCGAGAGGCUGUCCAGGCGGCUGUUAAGCGGUUUGGCGGAAUCGACAUUCUGAUUAACAACGCUAGUGCCAUUUCGCCGACCGGCACCGAAGAUACUGAGAUGAAGCGUUACGAUUUGAUGAAUAACAUCAAUACCCGAGGGACGUUUUUGGUUUCCAAGGAAUGCAUCCCGUACUUGAAAAAAAGCAAUCAUGUGCACAUCCUAAACAAUUCACCCCCACUGGACAUGGUCCCAGAAUGGUUCGGAAGACAUGUUGCCUACACUAUCGCUAAAUACGGCAUGUCCAUGUGUGCCCUGGGAAUGGCCGAAGAGUUCCGUCAGGAUGGGAUAGCGGUCAACACGCUGUGGCCAGAAACGAUCGUACAAACGGCGGCUACCGACAUGUUGCGCGGCCAGGAAGUGGAAAAGUUUACCCGCAAACCGGAGAUCAUGGCCGAUGCGGCUUACGCUAUCCUUUGCAGAGAUCCCCGCACCUGCACCGGAAAUUUCUUCAUCGACGAACAAGUGCUGAAGCAAGAAGGAAUCACAGAUUUCACCGAGUAUUCCUGCGUACCGGGCAACGAAAAAAAUCUUAUAAAAUGUAUUUUUGUAACCGAUGUUCCCAAAUCGAAACUUUAGAUUAUCACAA